CUUGAGAGAGGGAGGGAGAGACUGCAGUGACACAGAGAGGAAGGAUGGAGAAGAAGCUCGUUCUGCCAAUUCUGGGCAUGGUGAUAUCAGAGUGUGCGCUAGUGGGGUUGAUGAUAGUGGGCAAAGCAGCCAUGUCCCGUGGGAUGAGCAACUUCAUCUUUGUGUUUUACUGUAAUGCACUAGCUUCCUUAAUUCUCCUUCCCUCUGCCUUUCUCUUCCACAGGUACCCUUUUUCACUACUAGCCACAAAAGCUUUUCAUGUACUAGCCUUUAUAAAGGUUUCCACUUUCUUGGCAGAUCAGAGCGUCCUCCGCUUACUUUCUCCAUCCUCUGUUGGUUCUUCUUGCUUGGCCUUUUGCGGGGCGGAAAAUUCUAUUUCCAUUAUCUAGCUCAAUUUCUGAAUAUAAAUUAUGAUUUGCUUUGCCCAGGUAUUGGGAUAUGAUGGGAUUUACUAUAGCUCUGCUGCUCUAGGGACAGCCAUGCUUAAUCUAACCCCCGGUGUUACCUUUAUUCUUGCCAUUGUUUUCAGGAUGGAGAAAGCAUAUUUAAGAAGCUCCAGUUUUCAAGCUAAAUUACUGGGAACCACAGUGUCAAUUGCAGGGGCAUUCAUUGUGACCUUCUACAAGGGUCCUGCACUUCUGCUAACAUCCCAACCUUCAGGCUUAUCUUAUAGUCUUCUCUUGCAACAUUCACACUGGGUCAUUGGAGGACUGCUCCUUGCGAUUGAUUGCCUGUUUUGUUCUGCAUGGAUUAUUACACAGGCAUCAAUCCUUAAGAAAUUCCCAGCUGAGUUGAUUGUUGUCUUCUUUUACUGCUUUUUUGUGACCAUUCAAUCUGCAGUGGUAUGUUUAGUUGCUGAAAGAGAUCUUGGUGCUUGGAGUUUUAAACCAGAUAUGAGAUUGAUUGCCAUUCUAUACUCAGCUGUUUUUGGCUCUGCAUUUCAACUUGGCGUCACCACAUGGUGCCUUCAUAGGACAGGGCCUGUUUUUGUGUCUAUGUUCAAACCUUUGGGAAUUGUCAUUUCUGUGGUCAUGGGUGUCAUUUUCUUGGGGGAUUCCUUCUAUCUUGGAAGCUCGAUUGGAGCAAUUGUCAUUGUCCUUGGGUUUUAUUCAUUGAUGUGGGGAAAGGCCAGAGAAGAGAAGAUGGGUGUGGAUGCUGGGGUAAAGAAACUGGAAUCUGGCAGCCAAAAGGUCCCUCUGUUGUCAAAUAAUAUUGGAGAAGCAUAGAAGAUACUUCUAAAAUAAACCAAGCUGAAGGUUCAUCAUACACAACAUAAAGAAUUUAUUCAUUCUACCCGUCCAGGGCAUGUAUCUGCUGCAACCAGUGUGUAUAUAUUGCAUGGAAGGCCAGAGAAGGGUUGGAAAACUAUUUGGUUCAUUUCUCUGAGUCAUAUUCUUGAGAAUUGUAAUGAAGAAUACAUUUGAGGAAUCAAUAUUUUUCAGACAGUCAGAAACUCACAGGGGCCUGCGGGUGGGGACUCAACCAGACCUUGAGCAUCCCAGGGUGGAACUCAUCCAGACCUUGAGCAAUUCAGAUUUUAUUGGAUGUGUCAAAACGAUGAGAUUGAACAACAUGAACAUGAAGAUUGGCUGGGGUCAUUGAGAAGCCUUUUUUUUUUUAAUUUUUAUGUGAACUGUAAAUUUUGUAGGUAUAGGAAUGGUGGAAUAUUUCAAGUCUAAUAUAACUAAAUAUAUCUUCAUGAACAUGUAAAUCCAGAAAUUUAACCUGGCUUAAAAGGAGCAGUAGGUAGAUGGAUAUAUAUAUAUAUAUAUAUAUAUAUAUAUAUGUAUGUAUGUAUAUAUUUUAAGUUCUCUUGAUAAAUAAAGCUCAAGAACUUCA